AUGUUCGUUGACAUCCUGGGUCGAAUUCAACAGUGGAGCGGUAUCGUGCAGAACAAAAUCAGCUCCUGCAAAAACGAAAUAAACAAUUUGAGCAAGGAAUUAUUGGCUCAGGCGUGUGAGAUGGCAGAUCUCAAAGCUCAGAUAGCAGAUUAUCAAAGCAAAGAAACAUCGAGAACUGGCAAACGGCAGACAGAUGAUCAGUCAAAGGAAAACGAGAAAGAUAAGAAAUACGACGACGAUAUUGAAGAACUAAAGACUAAAAUCGAAGAAGAUGAAGAGAUCGACCAGAAAAAAGCCGCCAAGGAGAAAAAUGGAGAAAGGCCAAAGAAAGAAACAGAAAGGGAACGAGACAGAAGGGAAACAGAAGAGAUGCAGAAGAGAAGAACGGAAGAAGACCAGGAGAGAAGAAGAACGGAAGAAGACCAGGAGAGAGGAAGAACGGAAGAAGACCAGGAGAGAAGAAGAACGGAAGAAGAUCAGGAGAGACGAAGAACGGAAGAAGACCAGGAGAGAAGAAGAACGGAAGAAGAUGAAAGAGAUCGAGAGGAUAGAGAAGACGAACAAAGAGAAACAGAUAGAAAGAGAUUCACGAAGGACCCACAAAGAAAGACGAAAGAAAACGCAUUCAGAACUGUGUUGGUGCAAAGUACAGAGCAGGAAAAAGAGAGGAUUAAAUACGAGUCAAAGCUCGAAGCCGAGGUCACACGGCUUCGAAAGGAGAACGAGAGAAUCAUGAAGGAACGGGUGGAGUACGAGAAUGCAAUUCAGCGAGCGCUACUGCGAGGAGUGUCGUCCUUGAACGUCGAGGCAUUGAGAGUCCUUCGUUGUCCCCCGAUACCCUGUUGCUCUCCUUGCGCUCCGUGUCCGGCGAUUACAGUCGUUUCACCUGAGCCGGUCGUACCGUGUCCCAGGAGUGCGAAGAGGCAUCCGAAGAGCACCGCCGCGACGAUCUGCAGCAACAAGGCUUCCCCGAACAACAGAAGCAAGAAGAACGAGAACCGAGAGGCGUACGACACGACGAGACGACCCUGCAGUACUCCUUGCUGUCCCGUAGUUUCGGCCAACAGCCGGAAGCUCACGGAUAGCAACAUGUUCCUCCUUCUCCGUCAGGGUGACGCGAGGAACCUGCGCGGUCCGGACGAGAGCGUGACGACGGUGUGCAAGUCGCCGGCCAUGACGAACGCCGACAUAGCGCCGUUGCCGAGGUUCGGCGUGUAGCAUUCGUAGAAAUUCUCAUGCGCAUUACAUCUUGGAUUAUUCCGGACGGAAGCGCGAAGGAGAGAAGGAGAAAGAAACGAUGCAAGCGACAACACUGUCGUCGAAAAUAUAAAUAUAACUUUAUGCAAUAUAGUAUCAGAAAAAUAUUACAAAUAUUGAACAUUCACUUUCACAAGUAAUUUGAACAUUUCUUUCCGCUCGAGAGCGUCAGAAAGUAUAAUCGGAGAAUAUACACCGAAGCUCAGUAUCACUUCAGUCUGUUGAGGCAGGAAGUUGCGAAUCACAUGUUCCAACGAAAGUCGUUACGCACACGCAACAAACUAGCUGCACGUUAUCGCUAGGACGUAAAGAAAUCUCCCCAAUUCCCGAGGGCGGCGCGCUCGCGCCGGCCGCGAGUGAAAUGCAACGGCAGGCCC